AUGGGAGAUCGGAAAGCAUUAUUGAAAGAGAUACCUGAUGUGGUACGUAAUCCACAAAGUGGGAAACAGUUCGCGAAAGGUCGAUUCCUUGGCAAGGGUGGUUUUGCACGAUGUUAUGAACUGAUGGACACCGAAACAAGAAUUGUUUAUGCGGGAAAAAUCGUCUCAAAAACUCUUCUGACGAAGAAACAUCAACGUGAAAAGAUGUCACAAGAAAUUCAAAUUCACCGGAUGCUCUCACAUCCACAUGUCGUCAGACUCGAUGGUUAUUUCGAGGAUCCGGACAACGUCUACGUUUUACUCGAACUAUGCUCACGAAGAUCUCUAAUGGAGCUGCACAAGCGUCGAAGAGCAGUCACAGAGCCGGAAGCACGUUACUUCACAAAUCAUGUCGUUAUGGCAUGUAUCUAUUUACAUGAUAAGAAGAUAAUUCACCGUGAUCUUAAACUGGGUAAUUUGUUUUUGAAUGAUGAUAUGGAGGUGAAAAUUGGUGACUUUGGAUUGGCGACAAUGGUUGAAUUCGACGGAGAAAGGAAGAAAACUUUAUGUGGUACACCAAACUAUAUAGCACCUGAGAUGUUGGGCAAAAAAGGACAUUCAUAUGAGGUGGAUAUUUGGGCGAUAGGUUGUAUUUUGUAUACACUUUUGGUUGGAAAACCACCCUUCGAAACACUUUCGCUUAAGGAAACAUAUCAAAAAAUUAAAGAGAACAGUUACGUCAUUCCAUGUCGAAUCAGUGCAGAUGCAAAGCAUCUGAUUGAACGUCUUCUCGCACCCGAUCCAUCAGCUCGUCCGAAUAUUCAUGAGGUUGCUGCGUUUGAUUUCUUCACGAAAGGCUAUCUGCCAGCACGUUUACCGACGUCUUGUCUCACGAUGGCACCCAAAUUUACGUCGAAUCAGCUGGUGUCACAGGAUCGUCGUGUUGUCGAUAGCAGUGAUAAAAUACGUAAGCCAAUCAGUCCACGACAACAAGCUCGACAGGACAUGUUAGCAGCUCCACUGCGAACGCUAAACACGGUGCCCGAGUCUCAGAUUGUGCCACCAAGGCGUGCUACGGGUGAUGAACGCAAUGAAGCGGCUUGUGGUGACGUACCAUCUGAUUGUUAUCUGUCUGAAUUAUACACUCAGAUCAAUGAAAUUGUCAAGAGACGACCGUCGGACAGAGCCGUUCUUCAAGAAGACGAAGCCGAGGAUCCAGCAGCGAUUCCGGUAUUUUGGGUGUCGAAGUGGGUUGAUUAUUCGGAUAAGUAUGGACUUGGCUAUCAACUCUGCGAUAAUUCAGUGGGAGUUGUUUUCAAUGAUAAUACUAAGUUGGUGCUUGAUGCGGCUGGAAAGCAAGUUCAGUAUAUGGAACGUGAUAACACAGAGCAGUACUAUACGAUUAAUGUGUAUGCGAAAGAAUUGACAAAGAAGAUGACUCUGUUGGAAUAUUUUCGGAAUUAUAUGAACGAUCACUUGCAAAAGACUGGUGCGAAUAUGGUGGUACGUGAAGGGGAUGAGUUGGCUCGUUUACCGUGUCUUCGCAGUUGGUUCAGAACUCGAUCUGCGAUUGUACUGCACAUGAGCAAUGGUACACUGCAGAUCAACUUCUUCCAGGAUCAUACAAAAUUGAUUGUUUGUCCGUUAAUUGGUGCAGCCACAUAUAUUGAUCCAGAUCGGAACUUUCAUGUUUACAAAUUCGAUCUGAUCGAAAAAUACGGAUGUCCAAGAGACGUUUAUACGCGACUGAAGUACGCUCGCACGAUGAUCGAAAGACUUCUGUCGCAGUCAACCAACGCUCGACCCGGAUCACUUUCCACUGCCGACGCUCGAAUCGCUCCAAAAGCCAGUCUACAAUCAAAUGUUCAACUCCCAGUAAAUGCUCCUCGUUAA